UGUAACUCAAGGCAUUUGAAUCAAGAUGCAAACCAUCCAGACGAUAGAGACACAGCUACCCGUACUGCGAGAGAGUUUCCACUCCUCUCCAUUCAGAGAGAGACGUACGGAGAGGAGAAAAAGCAGCCUCACAAAUCUCAUCAGAAGACAACAGCAACAGCUAUUACACCGGCAGCAACACUCAGACUUACAUCAGCACCAGUCCUCACGCUCACAGGGUCGCCCUGCACAUGCUCAGUUAAGCCGCUCUUCCAGCAGCCCGUUAUGCGACCUGACAGAGCGAACUGAUGACAGAGAGGGAGAGACCGGGAGGCAGGGGGAGCUGUCUCUCUGGCAGUCCUCGGGCGCAGCGUCACGGCUCACAUCAUCGCAGCUGCUCCUUUCCUCUGUGGAGAGAGAUGGAUUAGAAAGAGUGGGGGAGAAGAGAGAGAAGCCAAGAGAAUGGGAAAGUCUAUCCGAACACACGCGUUCCCAACAUGGCCUGAUCGCUAAAGGUGUGCGCCUUCUAAGGACCAUGGGAAAUCAAGAGGCAAAACAGAAGAAGUCUGGGGAUGAAGGUGCUGGGGCGUGCGGUGAGGAGCAUGAACGCCCCAAGAAGAUUAAGAAGUCCCAUAGCAAAGCCAGCAAAUUAUCAAGCGACUCAAGCAAGAAGAAAUCCAAAUCAGAAGGCUCUAAAGGUUCAGUGUUUUCAAACAUUCGCAUGCGAACAGGGCUCUCCCGGAAAGGGUUAUCCAAAGAGGAUGUGCUGGAUGCUGGUAUUAGGAUUAACAAUGUUGACGCCAAUGGCAGCAAUAAUGGUGGCAUAUCGGGGGAUGAGCUGGAGGAUCCGACUUCUGAUAGUAAGCUCGAUCGAAAGCAACUCACGGCCGAAAGCAGGCAGUCGACUCUAGACACAACGGAAGAUGAUGUCGGAAGAGAGACGGAGGGCUCAGGGUCGGAUACGGACCUCUACAGCUUUCACUCGGCAGCCGAGACUCACGAUCUGCUGUCGGAUAUCCAGAGAACCAUCAGUGAGCAACAUCAAAUGACAAGUAUCGCAGGGGACCAGAAUUGUGGUGAUGGGGAGAAGGUACAGGUAGGGUCAGAGGGUCAGGAUUUGGUCACAGAGGUUCCUGUUAGUGGAGCUGGAGAGAUGGUUUCUUGUAUGAGUGAACUAGAGAGUGUAGAAAACUUUAAACGUAGUGGAGAAUCUGUUGGAGAUGUGAUUAUUAAAGUGGAAUCUAAUGGAGAGAAUACUGAUAUUACAAAUAAACAGAACAUGCCGGAUACAUGUAGCACACAAGAUAUCACAGCUGUUUACAAAUCAACCAGUAACUAUAGUUUUCAGGAUACCACGGCAACAACCACCUCCUACGAGAGUACAGAGGAUGUUUUUGAGAGUUCGUUACUAUCUUUGCCACUCGAAGACUGUAUCUAUGGUAACAACAGCCUGACCCAAAGCCUAGAGAUUGGCCUAAAUUCAUCUGCCAACAUUCGUCUCGAUGACCCCCAGUUCAUCGCUAUGUCAAACACCAUGCAACAGAAGAGCAUUAGUAGUGUGGAGCUGAAUGUCGAACCAUGUGAAGAUGAUGAAGAAGAGCGAGAGAAGAUCAUCCUGAGAAGACGGAAAAGCAGCGCCGCAUCUUUCGCACAGUGGACAUCUGAGAGUUUUUUGGGCCCUGGGUCACAACCUCGCAGAACAUCCAGUACAAACCUUGGGGUUAAACCGUAUCCCACAAUACAGACCUCGUAUGUUAAGACGACCACAAGACAGCUCACCUCACCAUGCACCACUCCUUCACCCAGCCCGAUGUGCCCUCGCAGGGUCGGAUUAGAGUUAUGCUUUGGUCAAGGGUCACACAAAGCUGGCAGCUGGAGAGCACGAAGACAGAGGUCCUGCAGCAUUGCGGGGCCGGUGGGUUGUCAUGACGAAUGGGAUGAAGCCAUCCAUGGUCGCUCAGAACUUAUAGAAAGAGGCUUUCAGACCAUCGGACCCGGGAAAACAUCAACAAUCUUUCCAGAUGUGUUUUCAGGUCGCUCGCUGUUGGAGAGGUGUCUUACGCAGUGGGGUUGUACUGAAGGUGACAGUGGCGCACAGGAAGUUGAGAGGUUCUGUUCCCGUAUUUUGGAUCUAGGAAUUUUACAGCCCUUCAGUGACUGCCUCAGGGAACCGCAUGCAGGAAGUGAUGUCACGGACAAGCCCACUUUUCAGGCAGAGCAACUGUAUACCUGGGCUCCAGUGGGUCACAAUGAGAUUAGAACACCUGGGAAAAUGCAAACACUGUGGGCUCUUGCCUCAUCCUUACCACAGGUGCGGAAAUGUCAGGAUGGAUCCACGGGGCAAUCUGGGGUCGUUCCGGAAGGGAGCUCUGUUUCCAUUCAGGAGCUUGAGAGAAUGAUUGAAGAAUUACUCGCGGAAAUAUCGGAUGUGGAAAAACAGAAUAAACUUUUGGACAGCGCAAAGUUUGGAACAAGGGAUGGACAAGUGGCUGGUUUUAAUCAGACUAUUAAACAUUCGCAGAAUAAAGUAAAUGAACAACAAGUUUUCAAGCACGCAAAAGCCAUUCAGACCUCGCCAGUCGAGGAAGCCUUCAAAUCUCCUUUAUUGCCUUUAUUAGACCAAGCACGGACUCCCAAAUUAAGUGAAAGUGCCACUUCGCCAAUGGAAUUGCCCUAUGUCUGCACCUGCCAAAGAACCAAACAGGAAGUCCCUCCCCUUACAACAUCAGCUACACAACCUUCAGCAUCAGGCGUAUCAAUACCUUCAGCCCAACUCCCAGGUAUGCCUCCGCCUCCUACACGUUCAGGGAUGGCUCCACCCCCUCCUCCACCACUCCCAGGUAUGGCUCCACCCCCUCCUCCUCCACUCCCAGGUAUGGCUCCACCCCCUCCUCCACCACUCCCAGGUAUGGCUCCACCCCCUCCUCCACCACUCCCAGGUAUGGCUCCACCGCCUCCACCUCUCCCAGGUAUGGCUCCAUCCCCUCCACCUCUCCCAGGUAUGGCUCCAGCCCCUCCUCCUCCACCUCCUGGCUUUGGUCCUCCUCCUCCUGGUUUUGGGCCACCUCCACCCUUCAUAGGAUUGAUGCCUCCAGGGAUGGCUCAAGAGACUUCCCCCCUCAAGGCAGUCAUUGAGCCUCCACAACCCAUGAAACCACUCUACUGGACCAGGAUACAGCUGCAUACCAAAAAGGAUGCCAGAAGUGCUUUGGUAUGGGAAAACGUUAAAGAGCCGUUGGUUGACUUUGACGAAUUUGUGGAUCUGUUUGCCAAAAGCGCUGUGAAGGAGAAGAAGAAGCCCAUUUCGGACACCAUAACAAAAUCAAAGGCUAAACAGGUUGUAAAGCUACUGAGUAACAAACGUUCCCAGGCAGUAGGGAUUCUGAUGUCCAGUCUUCAUUUAGAUAUGAAGGACAUCCAGAACGCAAUCUUGAACAUGGACUGCUCGGUGGUGGAUCUGGAAACACUCCAGGCUCUGUAUGAAAACAGGGCUCAGAAAGAAGAGAUGGAUCAGAUUGAGAAACACGUCAGGUCUUCAAAAGACAAAGUGAAACCGCUGGACAAACCGGAGCAGUUUCUGUUGCAGCUCUCUGCGGUUCCUCAGUUCUCCGAGCGAGUUUUCUGUAUUCUCUUCCAGUCCAGCUUUACCGAGUGUGUGUCAUCAGUUCAACGCAAGCUGGAAACCCUGCUGAGAGUCUGCACGGCUCUACAGUCAGGUCAGGGGGUUUUGCAACUACUAGGUUUGAUCCUUGCUUUCGGGAACAUUAUGAAUGGGGGGAAUCGAAGCAGAGGGCAGGCGGAUGGGUUCGCCCUUGAAAUCCUGCCCAAGCUGAAGGAUGUCAAGAGCAGUGAUAAUUCUCAGAGCCUCCUCUCCUACAUUGUUGCUUACUAUCUGCGACACUUUGAUGAGGAUGCAGGUAAAGAAACAUGCGUGUAUCUGCUUCCCGAGCCCCAUGAUUUGUUUCAAGCCUCGCAGAUGAAGUUUGAGGAUUUCCAGCGUGACCUGCGCAAGCUACGCAAAGAUCUAAAUGCUUGUUCAGCAGAAACCGAGAAGGUGUGUAAUGUGUCAUCUGAGCAGUACCUGCAGCCUUUUAAGGGCAAAAUGAAAGAAUUUCUAACUCGAGCUAAAGCAGAACUUGAACUCCAGGAAAAACAGCUCGCGGAGACGCAGAGGAUCUUUCUGGAGCUCAGCGUCUUUUUCUCAGUCAGGCCUAAGGGAGGAGAGAAAGAGGUUUCACCCAACACAUUUUUUACAGUGUGGCACGAGUUUUCCUCAGAUUUUAAGGAAUUGUGGAAGAGGGAGAAUAAAUGCCUGCUGCAGGAAAGGUUGAAGGCGGCAGAGGAGACAUUCAGACAGGCACGCGAAAAAGCUACUUACAACACAAAACCAAAACAUGCAACAGGAAUAAAAGCCAAGUUGGGACAGAAGAUGUGAAUUUCUAUGCUUCCAAAUCGCAACAACCCCCCUGUGGUCCAUUAUUCAUACAUUUAUUGUAUAGUUUAUUCAGCGUGUUCCAGCUUGACAUAAGGUGUUGUGUUUUUGUUACAUUAAUACGAAGAUGGUUAGAUUUAGUCUAUUUCUGUAUGAACACUCUGAAAAUGGAUGUGUUUAUAUUAACACUUUUUAAAUGUUAUGCUAUAUAAUAGUUCUAUAUAAAGACAAUCAAAGCUUAAGUGAUAAAACUAAAAAAUAAUGAAGUCACAUAGACAAAAGCACAUGCUCAAGUUUUUGAAAAAUUACACAAGAAUUCUGUGCAGGCACAGAUUCUUUGCAUCACCACGAAUGAGGAAUUUGACUUGGAAAUAUCACCAAAGCAUUUAAUAUAAUACUCAAUCUAUAACUGAAUAUGCAGAGACAUCAGUCUCUGGGUCAUAAAGUCCUGAAGGAGUUCUUUGUAAAAUAAUAAAAACGUCCUAUUCUAAAAUUAUUUUAGAAAAUUGUUGAAAAGGCAAAAUUAAAGGCCACUCUCUUUUGCUUUGUGAAGGUGUGUGUGAUCAGAAAAAUUUUUAACUUAAUUUUUAUUGUGUGUAUCCACCACAGAUCAUUCAUCCUCCAUUAUAUUUUUCAAGUGUUUAAUGGAUUAUAAACAAAACAUUUGCAAACAUCAUAACUAGUUUUUAUGUACAUUACACCAUUUCCGUAUGAUCUGUGUACAACAGCUGUCAAUCGUAACCGUUGUACAUUUACCUUUAAGAUGUAGCCUAAAUUGACAGCUCUGUAUUUUUGUUAGAGCUUAUUACUGUGUUGAUUCUGUCCGUUAUCGCUGCUAUGAUCUUGAUACUGUUACAACGUGUUACAGGAAAGUAAUAACCUUGUAGCAGCUGUCGUGUCUGAGUAAUACUAUAAUUUUUAAAGUAAUUUAUGACAACAACUAUGGUCACAUAGCAAACAUUAAAAAAUGAAACAUAA